AUGGCUUCCGAAACAACAAACCAACAACUUCAUCCUCCUCUUCACUUUGUUCUCUUCCCUUUCAUGGCUCAAGGCCACAUGAUCCCCAUGGUUGAUAUUGCAAGGCUCUUGGCUCAGCGUGGUGUGACCAUAACAAUUGUCACAACUCCUCACAACGAAGCGAGGUUCAAGAACGUUCUAAGCCGAGCCAUCCAGUCCGGCUUGCCCAUUAGGUUGCAGCAUGUGAAGAUUCCAUUUCAAGAAGUUGGUUUGCGUGAAGAACACGAAAACGUAGACUCGCUUGACUCAAUGGAGUUGAUCAUACCUUUCUUUAAAGCGGUGAAUAUGGUGGAAGAGACGGUCAUGAAGCUCAUUGAAGAGAUGAAACCUAAACCAACAUGUCUGAUAUCUGACUUUUGUUUGCCUUAUACAAGCAAAAUCGCCAAGAAACUCAAUAUCCCAAAGAUUGUUUUUCAUGGCGUAUCUAGCUUUAGUCUUCUGUGUAUGCAUAUUCUACACAGAAACCUCGAGAUCUUGGAGGCUUUAAAGUCGGACAAAGAGUACUUCUUGGUUCCUAAUUUUCCUGAUAGAGUUGAAUUUACAAAGCCUCAAGUUACUAUAGCAAAUGCUAGUGGAGAUUGGAAAAAAAUAUUGGCUGAACAGCUAGAAGCGGAUGACACAUCCUAUGGUGUAAUCAUCAACACAUUUCAAGAGUUGGAGUCUGCUUAUGUGAAAGACUACAAGGAGUCUAGGGCUGGUAAAGUAUGGUCAAUAGGACCCGUUUCCUUGUGCAACAAGGUAGGAGUAGACAAAGUUGAAAGGGGAAAUAAGGCGGCUAUUGAUCAAGAUGAGUGUCUUAAAUGGCUUGAUUCUAAAGAAAAAAGGUCAGUGCUGUAUGUAUGCCUUGGAAGUAUAUGCAAUCUUCCUCCUUCUCAGCUCAUAGAACUAGGGCUAGGCCUUGAGGAGUCUCAAAGACCUUUCAUCUGGGUCAUAAGAGGUUGGGAAAAGUAUAAUGAGCUAGCUGAGUGGUUCUUGGAGAGCGGUUUCGAAGAAAGAAUCAAAGAGAGAGGGCUUCUAAUCAAAGGAUGGUCACCUCAAAUUCUAAUCCUUUCACAUCCCGCCGUUGGAGGAUUCUUAACACAUUGUGGAUGGAACUCGACUCUUGAAGGGAUCACCUCAGGUGUUCCAUUGAUCACUUGGCCAUUGUUUGGAGACCAGUUUUGCAACCAGAAACUGGUCGUGGAGGUUUUAAAAGCUGGUGUAAGUGUUGGUGUUGAAGAGGUUAUGAGAUGGGGAGAAGAGGAGAAGAUAGGAGUGUUGGUGGAUAAAGAAGGAGUGAAGAAGGCAGUGGAAGAUUUAUUGGGUGAGAGUGAUGAGGCAAAAGAGAGAAGAGAAAGAGUUAGAGAGCUUGGAGAAUUAGCUCACAAGGCUGUUGAAGAAGGAGGCUCUUCUCACUCUAGCAUCACAUUCUUCAUUGAAGACAUAAAGAAACUAGCACAAUCCCAGAAGUGAAUUGUUCAAUC